AAAUAGGCGUAAAAUGUAACGUGGGAUUUACCUUCGAAAUAAUCCACCGGUAAACCCAUUUUAGUGAAACGCUGCGUUUUGGUCAUCCACAACGAGUGAUCGUCGGAUUUAUCCUCCGGUAAAUCCGACGGUAAUGAACCCUAAAAUUCAAAGUGCAAACCCCUCUCCCCCUUCAAUUCGAAACUACUCUCUCUCUCUCUAACCUCUCUUCUCCCUUUCUCUCUCUAGCCAUGUCUGAACAUUGCCGACGCCGUCAACCCACCGCCGCCACCGAUAAACAUGCCUCCCUCUCUUUGCACCUCUCAUUUUCCGUGACAUCUCCAUUUCAUCCACCGUUGCAAACCCUAGCCUCCGUUGCAGUCGCCGCUCUUCUCACCACUGACGAGCGCCGUUUUUUGCAUCGCCAUCUUCAUCAUCCGCCGCCAGGUCCAGCUUCGUCGUUGUCUACCAGGUCCAGAGAUAGAUCGAGUGGGUCUUGUGGUUGUUGUAGAGGGAGGGUUUCCACCAAAUUCCUAGGGACUAUUCAGUCAUUGCCCUCUACCCUGCCUACCCCGUCAACCCCUAUGACAUCACAGGCGGGUCCAUCAGACCGGCAGUUUUAUCAUGGUCCAAACCUGAACUACGUGUCUCCUUCUGUUACACCCUUUGCAGAUCCAGUGAUAAAGCCUGCGGUGGGUGAUUCCUCCAGUACCCCCCAGCAGGAUGCCUUUCCACCACCGCCUAUCAUCCGGAUGAGGAUUUGGCCCGAUGACAUGCAGCCAUGAGUACAUUCAAUUUUUUAAUAUUAAGCUUGUUAAUCUUAUGUUUAUGUAUCUCUAUGUGUUUGUUAAUGUUAGAUUUUUUUCUCUGAUAGGUUUGCACCAAACUCCAAUGCUUGCACAUAGGAGAUCUCUGAGGUCAUUAAGUCAAUAUACGACCACCCGUGGCUGAACUACACGAAGAUCUCGGCUAAGACCAGAUAGUGAUGGUUUCAGAAGUAGGCGAUAAGAACCCAAUAAUGUUGAUGUAUUUUAUACCGACUAACUAAUGUUGUUGAAUCACUUUGUGUAGUUGAAAUUCAUAUGGGAUGCAGAACAUAAUCUCAUGAUCAGAAAGAUCUACGACCACCAGGCAGCUAAAUGACUUCAACAGAUGAUAAGCGACGUUCGUCAAGGGUGCGACACCUAACGACCUGGAUCCGUCCAUCCAUCAAGAAGGAACUAGACGCCCAUUUUAGAAAUGAUAAGGGGUUUAAGCGUCGCUGUCUGACAAACGUCGCUAACAGGGCUUCACUCAGGUCGUCGAAGUAUAUGGGUAGGUUAACGACCUUCAUAAAGACGAUGAGC